UGUUUUCUCCUUUUUGUGUCGAGGGUCUUUUGAAAACAAGCUCUCUACCUUCACGAGAUAAUGGUAAACCUGCGUACACUCUACUUUUAUCAAACCCCGCUUAGUAGAUUUCACUGAAUACGUUAUUAUUUUUAUUUAAUGAAAGUUAUAAAAGUAAAAUAAAGUAUGAAGAUACAAAAAGUUAGAUUUGUGGAAGUUAUAAAUACAAGUUGUUUUUCAUGUCUUGGACUUUAAUUUUCUGUGUACAUAACAAUAUAUUCCAUAUGCACAAUAUUAUAAUUAUUAGCAUGCGUUUCAUAAUUCUUUGUACUAUGAUAUUUUUCUUAGAUUUAACAUAUGCUUACUCUAAUUCCAAUUUGAUCAAAAGAAAGGCUAUUUUUGUUCAUGAAAAGCUUUAUUCCUAUGGUGGCCACCAAAAACAUCAUCACAAUUCUCUUGAUAGAUCAAAUGAUACACAAGUAAAUACAGAUUUCAAGUCAUGGAACUUGAGACCUGCACAUGAACGUCAUCAUCAUCGACUUCGAGUUGUACAUGGGGUUGUAAACAUUUUUGGAUGGGGAAUCCUCUUGCCUAUAGGUGUAAUAAUUGCAAGAUAUUACAAGAGACAUCUAUUAGAAUGUGAAGAAUGGUAUUCUCUUCAUGUUGUUUCAAAGGUAGCAGGGUUCAUUUUGGGCACAAUUGGAUGGGGUCUUGGAUUGUCAAUGAUGACAAAUUCACCCAAAGAUCAACAUACUAUGAUGAGUACUCAUGGAAUUAUUGGCACCAUAAUCUUCACUUUCACUACUAUCCAAGUUUUGGCAAUAUGUUUGCAGCCAGAUGAAGAAAAUGUAUACAGGAAAUAUUGGGUGAUAUACCAUAAUAUUUUAGGUUAUGCUUUGUUAAUCCUAACAAUUGUAGAUAUAUUUCAAGGAAUUGACAAGGUAGAAGAACAUCAUAGAUGGAAAUGGUCUUAUGUUGUACUUGUAAGUGUUAUGGGAUUGAUUGCUCUUGUUUUGGAACUUAUUCCAUGUUUUAAUAUCAUUAAAACCAAAAUUUUGAGGAUGUGAAUAAAUUCAAACACUUGUUGGCCAUUACUGCUUGAUACACACACACAUCAAGGAGGAAGAAGCAAUGUUUCAGUUUAAAGGUUCUUUAAUUGUUGUCCUCAAAUAUAAUUAUUUUUUAUUUUUUUAAAUAAAUUUUUUU